GCAGCGCCUUGCAGAUGUCCGAGCCCGAGUCCUGUUAGCCCCGGGAGGCGGGGUCCACGCCCCGCGCGGGGGCCCCCGGGCCGCCUGACUGGGAGCUUCUUCCGUUGCCAUCGUUUUUCCAGAUCCUUCAGGGCCCGGGAAAUGAGCCUGGACGCCAGCUGUCUGUCCUCCUGGCGCUGGCACUCCCUGGGACCCGGGACCCCGGUCUUCCCACCCUGGGGAGCCCUCUUCUGCUCUAACCCUGCGCUUGGGGACCCGUCGGGUGCAAAGUGCCAGUCAAGUGUACGGGAGGGUGUAUUCAGAGCCCUCCCCUGCCGCUUAGGGCCGAAGGAAUAACUGGGAAGGUGGACGGAAGGCCAGAGAACCCCACCGUGCAACUCUGCUCACAUGCUGCCUCUGUCGCCCCAGCAUCUGAAAGGAGUAAAUAAUGGUUUCCUUUGGAGUGGCAGGCAAUUAGGACGGCAGGCUCUGACCAGCAUUACACAGCCACAACUGCCUGUCACUUGACAUCCUCUGUAAUUUGGGCAACCUACUGCAGCUGCCUCUCUUCCCUUUUACUAGUAGGAGUGUCUCCAGUGACAGCACAUUCGUGUUCCCAGGAAGAGAAGGCUGUGUUCUGAACGCUGCCCAGUUGGCUCUGCUUCUCUCUCGGGCCCGGCUGUCUCUGGGGCCACUGCCUCCUCAAGGAGGAUACAGGUUCGCUGAUGGCUCAGUUGGGAGCAGUUGUGGCUGUGGCUACCAGUUUCUUUUGUGCAUCUCUCUUCUCAGCUGUGCACAAGAUAGAAGAGGGACAUAUUGGGGUGUAUUACAGAGGUGGAGCCCUCCUGACUUCUACCAGCGGCCCAGGUUUCCAUCUCAUGCUUCCUUUCAUCACCUCAUAUAAGUCUGUGCAGACCACACUGCAGACAGAUGAGGUGAAGAACGUGCCAUGCGGAACUAGUGGUGGUGUAAUGAUCUACUUUGACCGAAUUGAAGUGGUGAACUUCUUGGUCCCCAAUGCAGUGUAUGACAUAGUGAAGAACUAUACUGCUGACUACGACAAGGCCCUCAUCUUCAACAAGAUCCACCAUGAACUGAACCAGUUCUGCAGUGUGCACACGCUUCAGGAGGUCUACAUUGAGCUCUUUGAUCAGAUUGAUGAAAACCUCAAGCUGGCUCUACAGCAGGACCUGACCUCCAUGGCCCCCGGGCUUGUCAUCCAAGCUGUGCGGGUGACAAAACCCAAUAUUCCUGAGGCGAUCCGCAGAAACUAUGAGUUGAUGGAAAGUGAGAAGACGAAACUUCUCAUUGCAGCCCAGAAACAGAAGGUGGUGGAGAAGGAGGCUGAGACGGAGCGGAAGAAGGCCCUCAUCGAGGCAGAAAAAGUGGCCCAGGUCGCAGAAAUCACCUAUGGGCAGAAGGUGAUGGAGAAGGAGACCGAGAAGAAGAUUUCUGAAAUUGAAGAUGCUGCCUUUCUGGCCCGGGAGAAGGCAAAGGCUGAUGCGGAGUGCUACACUGCCAUGAAGCUCGCCGAAGCCAACAAGCUGAAGCUGACCCCUGAAUAUCUGCAGCUGAUGAAGUACAGAGCCAUUGCUUCCAACAGCAAGAUUUACUUUGGCAAAGACAUCCCGAACAUGUUCGUGGACUCUGCAGGCAGUCUGGGCAAGCAGUUUGAGGGGCUAGCAGACAAGCUGAUUUUGGAUGAUGAGUCCUUGGAUGCAGACCCUGAGGAGAAUUGAAAGUUUUUUGUAUACAGCCUCGGAUGACAUUUAAAAAGAUCUUUAUUUUUUAAAUGAUGAACCAGGAUGCUCCUCCCUCCCACACUACCUGCUUUGACUCUCUUCCACAUUCUGUGGUGAAAAAAGAAGAAAUGGAUUUAAAUCUAUUCCCCUUCCUGGGAAGGGAGGGCAGGGAUUGAUGAUUUGGGGUCUUAUUCAGGUAAGCAGGUUAGAUGAUUUCUGUUAAGAUUGGUGGGUUUGACCUUUGACUUCCAGACACUAAUUUUAGCCCUUUGAAGCUGGCUUAAGUAGGGAUUUGAUCAUUACAGAGUGGGAGGAGAGGGCGUGGCCUUGGGGUGAUUUCCUUUCCCUGAUUUGGGAAAUUGCGGUCCAAUUUUCUCACCCCCGCCUCUAAGGUAGGAGAUGCCUGUGGGUGAGACUCAGCAACUGAGCAACUGUGUACUUGUGAGUCUGCCAGCAGAGCUGGGGAGAACAGCUGCAGAGAACGUUUGGCUUUGCUGGUAUUUUUGUCUGCAUAUGUGAGUUACUUCAGAAGCGCGCUUUGUCGAGUCCUCAUAAGGAAGGACUGGUGCUAGGUUUUGCAAGCUUUUCUACACGCUACCCUCCUUGCCCCAGGGCUCAAAGAGCGGUGGUUUUUGACUACAUUCCUGUGUCAGGGUUUGGGCACCACCACAUAACUCUUAAAACUUUUCACUUGUUCUGUGAUUUGGGGUUUUGGGGGGGGUUUCCCCCCUCUUGAAUCUGUUCGUUGAUUCCACUCAGCAUUAGGAAGAUAGGAACAAAUAACCCAAGUGUCUUACUAGCUGCUGAAGUGAGAUCUUCCAUCUCUCAGACACCGUGAUACCUGCUUGGCAAACUACAUUAUGUUCCUUGAGAUCUAGCAUCUUAUUGUGGAGAUUCUAUGUUGAAGAGCUCCUUUGGGAGCAGAGGAAGGUCACCUGAAAGAUCUCCUAGUCUUAAUGCUCAGAGCUUAUGCUGAUGGUCUGACAGUGAUAAAAAGGGAGCCCACUAAAUAGCACAUUUUUUAAAAAUCUAGGGCACCAACAGCCACACAGGCGUCAGAUUGAAUGCCAAAUCUCCAGAGACAGCUGUGAGGGUACACGUCAAGAGUUCAUGCCCAGGUUCCUGGGUUAGAAGGGCUGCAUCAAAAUCUGUUCCAAUGUUUUAGGUUUUUCUUUUUUCCCAUUUCUAAUUAGGAAAAUUUACGUCACUCUGGGAGGUUUGGGAUGGAGGAGGAGAAACAUGAGAGAAAGGUUUUCUUAUAUCCUGAAAUUGGAGUGACUGGGAUAGUGGUGUCCAGCUUAUGUAGAUUGUGAGUUGUGUACCACAUUGUUGGGUUAUCUCCAUUUAACUUGCAAGCAUAUUGGUAUUCUCCAUGACAAACUGUGGCCUAGGAUUUGGCCUUGCUAUUAGCUGCCCCCCGCCACACACACCAUCACCACCAACAAAAACCUACCACUGUACCCCUUUUCCCUCAGUGAUACUAUGAAUGAUACUUUCUGGCACAGAUCCCCCACCUCAUUUUUGGUCCCAUGCCCAGACUUCUGGUUUAUUGAGUGGCCCCAGAAUUCGGCCCAGCUUGCUCCCAAGUAGCACCAGGACUGUCAAGAGUUUGGGGAGCAUUCAACCUGCUUAAGUAAAAACAAAAUGUUAACUUCUCUUCGUUCAACUGUUGCCCUUCUCUGUUCAAAUAUCUGAGACUUAGAAUUCUCAAACCACUGGUCCUGGUCACACUUAGUGCAAGCAACCAACUGUUCAUAGGAAUGAUGGAUUUUAACAUGCUCAGAAGUGCUUGCAGAAGACAGUCCCCCAAGGCCAACAUAGGGUAUCUAUUAUUAAGAUACACUCCCCCCUCCUCGCGUCUCAAUGCCAUUAAUCACUUGUUAGGAGCAACAUGACACAUGAUGUCCAGCAUCCCCAAUUUACAUAUUUGUUUGCUCCCUCUCCUCUGAGCCUUGUUGCCUAGGCCUCAGAAAAUACUACUUCAAUUGAAUAAAAAGUAAGGAUAUCUCAGCUUCUGUAAAGCACGUUUGCUCAGGUUAUUCACUUGAAAGCCUAAUACUAACAUCCUCUGAUAGCUUGUCCCUUGCACUAGAUACACUUUAACCACAAGAGCCUCAAUAAAAUUAAAUCCUGCUGCCCCUGCCCCCAUCAAUGCUAAUGUUGCUUCCUCUUUGAACAAAAAAUAUGUUGUAGUAUCCCUGAGUUUAAAUUCACUGGUUAUCUGUAUCUGCCUGAAUAGUAAAAUCAUGGAAGUCAGCAGUUUCCUUAGCAUGGGACAACUAACCAGUCUGUGUGACUUUGUGUCUUCAGCACUUACUAGAAAAUCUGAUCUUAAAACAUUUGAAUUCUAAACAUGUAAAAUGUGACAGCCUACACUUUUGUAGGCAAUAAAGUCAUGGCUGCUAUUUGUAAAUGGAACUUCUAUCAAAAUAAGUAACUGUUUAUAAAAUUCAGUUUUUGUAGGAUUUUUUUCAAGGAAAAGUCACCUUGGUUGAAUGUUUCUCAUUAAACUUUACAGAAAUGGUUCAUACUCA